AUGACCAAUCAGUAUGAAGAUGCAGAGAAGGCUGUUCUCUGUAUCUAUGAUCAAAGUUCCGACGCAGCUCUUCGAAAGCAGGCGCAAGAUUACUGUGACGGCCUUAAGAACUCUGAUGGGGCCUUGCAUCUUGCUUGUGGACUCAUGAUGAGAUCGUCGGCCCAGCAAGUCAAGUUUUGGUGCCUUCAGGUUCUCGAAGAAGUCCUCCAGCAUCGGUAUGCAACCUUGUCUGAUCAGGACAGGGGCGAAGUGAAGAAGUUUCUCGUCUCAUGGAUCCUCGAGACGUGUCCCGCUGGCCCACCGCAACCCCCUUUCCUCCUCAACAAAGUCGCUCAGAUUUAUGCGAUCUUGGUCAGAAAUGAUUAUCCGGAGCAAUGGCCUGAGGCGUUGACGAGUCUUCUUGCCGCUCUCAACUCGGGGGUAGCAGUGAUCGACAUGUUUCUCCGAGUGCAGGAUGCUGUCGAUGCUGAGAUCAUCAACUCCGAGUUCCACCGUUCCCCCGCCGACGCUGCAGUCAGCAUGAGAGUGAAGGAUGCACUCAGGGUACAAUGUCUCAAUGAGAUGGCGUCCGCAUGGUACAUUAUCUUGCGGGAGUUCUAUCAGAGUGAGCCAGGGCUUGUCAAGUCUUGUUUGUCCUCUAUCUCUAGGUACAUUCACUGGAUUGACAUUGGAUUGAUCAUGAACGACAAGUUUGUUCCCGCCUUCUACGCUCUGUUGGAGAAUGAUGUCUUCAUAGAGGAGGCGGCCAUGUGCUUGACCGAGAUGGUGUUGAAGAAGAUGGAGCCAGUUCCGAAGAUCCACCACAUCAACUCCUUGAUCAACAAACCUCUCAUCGAGAACGCCCUUGCAGUGCGAGCGAGAGGAGCAAGCAAGAGCUCAGCAGCGCUUGUGCGCCUUGCACACCUUACCGGCUCUAUAUGCAAAGAGCUUCUUGUGUGUGCCGACAAAAUUUCGGCCGCGUCUCCAGCAGAGGCACUGCAAGCGCAAGCGCAGCUGCAAGAGUUGAUGCCUCUUGCUCUUGGCUGCGCCAUGAACGAGAAUGACGACGUGUCGUCUGCGAGCAUGGAGUUUGUCACGAUCUUUGUUAACUCUCUCAAGAAGCUUGAUCCCCUCCCAGAAUUUCAUCUCAAGCAGCUGUCUGGUGUCCUCGCUGUCCUCCUCCGGAAGCUGCGAUACUCUUCAGAUUUUGAUUUUCAGAACCCCGGGGAGAGCGAAGAGUUUUGGCUGGAGUACCGUAAGGAGGUUCUUAUCAUCUUCAAGAACAUCUCGAGGAUCGCUCCAGAUCUAACGGUUUCUUUCGUACAAGAUUGCAUGAAUGGACUGAUAGCGGAAACAACCAACGGAACUCCAAACAACUGGCCAGAGAUCGAGGCUGUGCUGACCAUGUUGUACGAGCUCGGGGAGGUUUCAAGAGUGGAGGACGCUUGCAAGUCGACUGACCAGGGGAUGGGCAAGCUGUUGAGCAUAGUCCUGUCCUCGAACAUAGCGCUUCAUCCCCAUCCUUGCGUUCAGAAGGUCUACUUGGAGAUUGCAAAUCGCUACUCUCAGUUCCUCCACAAGCAUUCGCACCUGCUGCCGCAGGUGCUGAUGGGGUUCGUGCAAGCUGUGACGAACAGCAGGAGCAGCGUGAAGAGCAGAGCAUGCUAUCUCUUUCUACGGGUUCUCAAGUCGCUGAAACCUCGUCUUGGGCCGCAUGCAGAUGCCCUCAUGUCCUCUGUCGUUCCAGUGUUGCUGGACCAGCAACAGUCAGUGGCGUUGGAUCACAUGGACAGAUUGUACUUGUUUGAGGCGACUGGCAAUGUCCUUGGAUCUGACUCGCUCCCUCUUGAACAAGCUGUGAUGUAUCUUCAUCAGAUUGUCACUCCCAUCCUUCAGAGAAUGAGCGAAGUGGCGAUGGAGUUUCUGAGGACUUCGGAACAAUCUGUCAUGGUUGCAAACUCUGUCACCUCGGACGAUGUUUGGUUGAGAGUUGGGGUUCCUCUGGAGUGCUUGGGAUGGCUUUCGAAAGGAUGUACACGGUUGUGCAGCAAUGAGAACGCACUUUUCCGUCAAGCCCUCGAAGUUUCUGUCGGUGUGAUAGCGAGAGUUCCGUACAACAUGGGAAGGUUACAAUCUUCCACUCUCUUGUUCUUGCACAGGAUGGUCGAUUGCCUUGGUGAGCGAUUGAGAUUGAAGGGGAUGAUGAUGUUUCAAUUUGUGAAGCGUGCCUUGCAAAAGCUUGUCUGCAUCAUACUGCAAAACAAAAUUAUCAUCAUCGCCAUCAUCAUCGUUGACGUCAUCAUCGUCUUGAUCAUCCUCAGUAUCUUUGUCUUCGUCUUCUUCUCCAACUUCUACAUUGUACCCAUCAUCAUCACAACAACCACCACAACCACGACCAAACAUCAUAUCCAGCACAGCUAUCAUUCUUGUCUCUUUCGUUGUUGUAGAGUCAUGUCUAUCAUCUCAAACGCCAGCCACCAUGUUGAUACCAUCGUAAUCUCGACCACGAUGGUGCUCGUCAUCAUCGAAUGUGGCACGGGGAUGCUAAGUUUCUUACCCUCUUCCAUCGGGAGCAUGCUGAAGAACAUUGAAGUCAAGGGGAUGACGGAAGUGACAACACUUAUCAACCAGGUCAUGUCAAGGUUCAAAGAAGACUGCAACGGGCACAUAGAUGUUGUGCUCGAGUCUCUGAGCGAUCGGAUCCUGUCUUCCUUCCAGUCUCUCCCCAACCUGUGUGUCAGCAACCCCAGCCAGGAGGCACGUGAAUUCCGCGAUCUUUACAAGAUCUGGCUUCAGCUGCUGCAGACCGCUGGCCUGUCAAAUCUCAUUGAUAUUUUCUUGCGGAUACGGUCAGGUCAACUUGUUGAGCCAGUCGUGCGAAGUGUCGUCGAUGGUCUUACGAGGAUCGAUGAGCCUUCUACCAACAAGGUCUGCAUCGGCAUCCUCUACCGCAUGGUUCAGCGAUGGGGAGCCAAUGGGGAAGGGGCAGCGCAGGAGCAGCUAACGGGCUUUUCCGAUUUCUUCCUCCCUGUCGUUGCCCGCGCUCUUUUCUCUUCAGCUGCACCCGCUGCUUCCAAUGCCAACGAUGCUCAAUGCCACGCAUUCCUCUCCGAGAUCGCUUCCUUCCAGCGAAAUCUCCGCAUGGCGUACGGGGUGAGAUGGGAGGAGACGCUGAGGAGGGAGGGGCUAGUCGGCUGCUGCGGAAUGGAGGAAGAAGCAGCUAAGUUGUACGUGUGGAACAUGCAGCAGCUGUCAGACCGAGAUUUCCGAGAGUUCUUCAUCCAGCAAGUGCAGAAUCUCAUAGUGCGAGGAUGA